AUGGGCGGGGGGUCCCCCUUCCACCCCUACCACGCGCCCUCGGCCUACCGCACCCCCUCCACUGCUCUCGCCAGCGGCGCGGGCUACGGCCACGACGACGACGACGACAACAACGACGGCUACGGCGACGGCUACGGAGAGGUCUACGCGCGCCCCGGCCCCUGGGCCGACGCCGAACUGCUGCCGACCCAACGUGGGCUGUUGGGCUUGGCUGGGCUGGGCUGGGAAAUGGCUCAUUUCGUUUGUGCCGUGGCGGCGGCGGCGGCGUUGGCAGUUGUGGUCAAGUUUCCGGAGGCGUGGGACGCGUGGAUGCAGCGGGCGGACGACGCCAUCAUCCGGUGGCUGCAGCGGCCCGCCGGACCCAUCUUCAUGGCCCUCUCCCUCGCCAUCACCGCGUGCACGACGAUCGAGCUGGCGUUCGUGGUGCCGGUGGUGCUGUUCGUGGCGGGCUGGGACUCCCUGGCCACGGAGCUGACCUACCUGGCCCUCACCACCGCUCUCGUCUCCCAGAUCCCCAAACGGUUUUUGUGGCGAUCGCGGCCCUACGUGGCUGGCCGCGCGCAGACGAGGCGCAAGGACAAGACGAGUUCGUUUCCGUCGCGUGCGGUGACGUGUGCGGUGGUGUACACGUUCGCCAUCUGCUUCGCCGUCGCGGAGCGCUCCCAGGACGCGCACGUCAUCCAGUGGUGGAUGCCCCUCGUCGUCUUCGCCGCCUUCCUCCUGGCCUCCUUCGCCCGCAUCAACCUCGGCGUACACUACCCGUCCGACUGCGUGGGCGGCCUCCUCCAGGGCGCGGCGAUCUGUGUGGUGGGGACGCUGCUGUGGGAGCUGGACGUGAUCGGGUGCACGUCAUGCUCGUCGUCGGACACGUGCUACUCCACCGAGGACGACGCCAUCACCUGGCACACCCUCGGCCGCGCCAACUGGUGGGUGUUUGUGUGCCUGUUUGCGGUGAUGGCGGGGAUCGUGGGGGUGUGCCUGGCCAAGCCGCUCGACUUCUGGGCCAAGUGCGACCGGGUGUACGGGAUGCUCUUCCCGUGCGUGGCCUUCCGCGUGACCUUCCUCUGCCCGGUCUCCCUCAACGACCACGCCUCUCUCGCCGCCCCGACCUGGCCGCCGGCCUGGUAUUCCUACCUCGUCGGCAUCGGCCUCGCCGCAGCCUUGACCGUGUUGGGGGUGGCGAACAAGGGGCGAUACCCGUUCGUGGCCUACCUGGUGUUCUUCUUCAUCACCUUCUUCUCGCUGUCGUGGUGGCGUCUCUUCGUGAGCUCCUGA